UUGUCAACGUCAGUUUGGCAGUAGUGAUAAUGACAUUGGUUGGUUGUUCACGUUCUAUUUGCAUGCGCCGUAGAGUGCUGUUACGUAGAAAAUAAUGAUCUAAACAGUAAUAUGUGACUAUUACAUAGUUGAGAGAAGCUAUCCAAAAUGUUCUCUAGAAAGGUAUCACGCGUGGUUAAGUACGGGCUGUACGGAAGUGUAGCCAUCGGAGGUUCCGUUACUGCUGUCAAACUUCAUGAUGGUGAUUACGACUCCUUGGCGAUCGUCAGACUUACAAGAACAGCAUGCACUGCUGUGGAGAUUGGGAGGACAUACAAGAGCAUGCUAUACAGCAAGGAAUGGGAUAGAACCUCAAAAGAAUAUUUGGAGGUCAAGAGUCAAGCUCAUCAAAUUGGGGCGGCGAAAUUGCUUGAGCUAUGUAAAGCCAACAAAGGUGUGUAUAUCAAAGUCGGACAGCAUGUCGGAGCGUUGGACUACUUAUUGCCGAACGAAUACGUGACUACUAUGCGUAUUUUGCAUAAGGAUGCGCCGCGUAAUACUUUAGAUGAAUUGUAUAAAGUUAUGAAAGAAGACCUGAAGAAGGAUCCAAAAGAGUUGUUUGAAGAAUUUGAGCCUGAACCCCUUGGGACUGCGUCAUUAGCACAAGUACACAAGGCCAAGUUGAAAGAUGGCACUGAAGUAGCAGUUAAGGUGCAGCACUACUUUGUCAGGGAUAAUGUGAAAAUUGACCUUAAAUGGAUGGAGUUUAUAAUCAAUACUAUGUCAAAAAUAUUCCCUGAUUUUGAAAUGCAAUGGCUAAUUGAUGAGACUAAGAGGAACAUUGCUAAAGAGUUGGACUUUAUACAAGAAGGUCGUAAUGCUGAGAGAGUAUCUAGUUUAUUUAGUAAUUACAAGUGGUUGAAGGUACCAAAGAUUUUCUGGGAAUACAGUACUGAGAGGGUUCUGGUGAUGGAGUAUGUGAAUGGAGGGCAAGUUAAUGAUGUAAAAUAUAUUGAUGAACACAAAAUCAACAGAUUUGAUUUAUGUAAGAAGCUUGGCGAUCUUUACUCCCACAUGAUCUUCAUCAGUGGAUUUGUGCAUAGUGAUCCACACCCGGGUAAUAUCCUUGUAAAGAAGGAUCCUAAGGACAAAGAUGUCACAGUCUACUUGCUGGACCACGGUUUGUAUGCUCAAUUGUCAGAUAAAUUUAGGUACCAUUAUUCGAAGCUGUGGCUAUCAAUAAUUGAUCGAAACAGGGAACAGAUGAAAGAGCAUGCGGAAGAGUUGGGAAUACGCAAGGAACUUUACGGAUUAUUUGCGUGCAUGGUGACGGGACGGCCCUGGGAUUCAAUAAUGAAAGGCAUUGGUCGGACAAGACCGACGUCAGAUGAGAAAUCAACAUUCCAAAAUGAGUUACCAAACAUUUUGCACUAUGUUACACAAUGUCUGGAGCAUGUAGACAGGCAGUGUUUGCUUGUUCUCAAAACGAACGAUCUUAUCCGUAGCAUAGAGUACGCGCUCGGAAUGCAAGACCGUAUGUGCGGCUUUGUGGUCAUGAGCCAGUGUUGUGUUCAAAGUGUAUACAACCUUGAAUACAGCAAUUCCACCUCGAUAUUGAAGAAGUCAUUAUUAAAGUUGAAGUUCAGAUGGUCAUUAGUACUGUUAUAUAUGUAUAGUUUCUAUUUAAAUUUACAUUUUAAAUUUUCAUUGAAAUAGUAAAAUUUAUUUAUUUAUUGAAAUGGUAAAGGGGUUGCAAGUCUGAAAAUAGUCACAAGAAGCUUAGGCUAUGUUGUACCUUCUUAAAUAUUUAGACAAUUAGCUUUCUUACUUUUUACGUUGAAAUUAAAAUAUAUACGUUAUUAUUUAUCGUUAAGAUUGCAUUAGGAACAGAAUAUUUGACAGAGUCGAGAAUUUUUAGACCAGAGACAAACUAACUUACAUAAAUUGCGACUAAGACGAGAAACUUACGUUUUGUAUAGUCCGCUGUUGCUGGAAGAUAUGAAAUAGAAGAACAGACGACACAAUGAAUGAAAGCAUAAUAAACUUAAAUUAAUUCUGCACAAGUCUACAGGUAUAUAAUAUUGAACCUCAUGUUGUGCCUUUUUAUAGACGCUAGAAUCCCAUCAAUGUCUUAGUUUUAUAUUUACACCAACGACUUUUACUAGUCCUAUGUGUUUUAAUUGAAUGAGCUUGUUUCAUUUGCUUAGAUUUUUUAUUCUUUGAAAUGUAUGUUCAUCAAAGUAUAUUUAAAUGAAGAAAAGGAUUUCGAUAAUAGGUAGGCACGAAAAAAAUAUGCUUUGAUACCCGACUAGACAAUUUAAUGGCCUUAUAUUGUGACUACCUAAAUAGAAUGACAUUCAUCAUAUUACCGAUAGCAUAUGUUUAGAUACACUAGUCCAAAUAGUACCUCGAAUGAACAGGUAUUUGUACAUAACCUAUGUAAAACUGACAAUUGUAAAUAAUAAUCAAAUACCAUGUAUAAUAAAAAGGUUGUUAAACUCUAUUUUUAAAA